UUCCGAAUGGAGUCAGUGCCGGAUGUUUUCAAAUAUUCGAUCGGAAUAUGCCUGGCACGAAAGCGCUGCUCAUCGUCCUGCUACUCCUGCAUACGUGUCCCCGACUGGAGAGCUUCCACUACCGACCUGCCCAACCGAAUGCCAAGCACUGUCUGUCCAGCUUGUACGGGGAUGCCAGCGUGGAUGGAGCAGACGGAGGAGGUGGCGGAUCCGGAGGCUGUUCGGACACGGGCAACAAGAAGAUCUCCUGCGACGCAGGGGGCAAAGGCGGCGGCGUCUUGGGCCGUGGCGAUCCCAAGGCCAAGGCAUCGAACAUUGCCCAAAAGGCUGCUCUGGAGGCGAAAGCAGCCAGCGAUUCCCAAAUGGCAGCUGCCGAGGCGGCUGCUUCCCAGGUCAAAACCGAACUGGCCGCCAAGGCAGCUCAAUCCGCCCGAGCAGCGGAGGCAGCGCUGGCCGGAAAGCAGCAGAUUGUGGAACAGCUGCAGCAGGAGAUGACCGAAGCGGACGCGGUGGUCAGUGAGGUGACUUCAUCGCUGCAGAACACCCAGGCGAAUGCCAAUGCCGCCGCAGCGGCCGCCCACGAGGCCCAAACGCAGCUGAAUCAGCUUAAGAGCCUCGUGAUGGCCGCCACCGCCAAUAUGGCCAAUAUCGAGAACGUGGCCAGUGGGGCGCAGCAGGAGCUGGCCGAGAAGACGCAGCUCCUGGAGGCGGCCAAGCAUCGGGUGGAGAAUCUCGGCAGGCAAAUGACCGAUGCCAAGUCGGACUUCGAGAAGACCAAGCAGGCGGCUUACAAGGCGGCCUGUGCAGCGGUGGAGGCCAAACAGAAGGCCCAAAGGUCACGGCGGAUGACCCACCGCCAGCAGGUGCGAUGGGGUCCAAGGAAGUUGGCCGAAAAGUUCGCCGCCGAAGCAGCUAAGAUGUAGCACCAAACUCAGGGACCAGUCGAUAUUUUCUAUAUUUUGUUAUGUUUCGC